AUGACAGGGGUGUUUGACAGGAGGGUCCCCAGCAUCCGAUCCGGCGACUUCCAAGCCCCGUUCCAGACGUCCGCAGCCAUGCACCAUCCGUCUCAGGAAUCGCCAACUUUGCCCGAGUCGUCGGCUACCGAUUCCGACUACUACAGCCCCACGGGGGGAGCCCCGCACGGCUACUGCUCUCCUACCUCGGCUUCCUACGGGAAAGUGCUCAACCCCUACCAGUACCAGUACCCCGGCGUGAGCGGCUCCGCCGGCAGCUAUCCCGCCAAAGCUUACGCCGACUACAGCUACGCCAGCCCCUAUCACCAGUACGGCGGCGCCUACAACCGCGUCCCGAGCGCCACCAGCCAGCCAGAGAAAGAAGUGGCCGAGCCCGAGGUGAGAAUGGUGAACGGCAAACCAAAGAAAGUUCGUAAACCCAGGACUAUUUAUUCCAGCUUUCAGCUGGCCGCGUUACAGAGAAGGUUUCAGAAGACUCAGUACCUCGCCCUGCCCGAACGCGCCGAGCUGGCCGCCUCGCUGGGACUGACGCAAACACAGGUGAAAAUCUGGUUUCAGAACAAAAGAUCCAAGAUCAAGAAGAUAAUGAAAAACGGGGAGAUGCCCCCGGAGCACAGCCCCAGCUCCAGCGACCCCAUGGCGUGUAACUCGCCGCAGUCUCCGGCUGUGUGGGAGCCCCAGGGUUCGUCCCGCUCGCUCAGCCACCACCCUCAUGCCCACCCUCCGACCUCCAACCAGUCCCCCGCGUCCAGCUACCUGGAGAACUCGGCUUCCUGGUACCCGAGCGCGGCCAGCUCAAUCAAUUCCCACGUGCCGCCGCCCGGCUCCUUGCAGCACCCGCUGGCGCUGGCCUCGGGGACGCUCUAUUAG